CUAGGCAACAACCAACUGCCAUCCCCAAAUCAAAUAAACCCUGUUUAGCUUCCAUCAGUUCCGAUCACAAUGCAGAAGAGUUCAUCUUCUUCAUAUUUGGGUCCGGGAGGUCUAGAUCUCACCCAAACCUUCUUCAAGCCCAUCCUAAACACCGCUCCGCCGUCCCCCACCAAGCGCCAUACCAAGAUCUCCGUCAUUGGCGUUGGGAAUGUCGGGAUGGCCAUAGCCCAGACCAUCCUCACCCAAGACUUGGCUGACGAGAUAGCCCUCGUCGACGCAAAAGCCGAUAAGCUACGGGGCGAAAUGCUCGAUCUCCAACACGCCGCCGCAUUCCUCCCCCGCACGAAAAUCAUCGCAUCCGUUGAUUACUCCGUGACGGUGGGUUCUGAUCUCUGUAUCAUCACUGCCGGUGCCCGUCAGCUCCCGGGCGAGUCUAGGCUCAACCUCUUGCAGAGGAAUGUGGCUCUGUUUACCAGCAUUGUACCACCCCUGGCGAAAUACUCUCCGGACACGAUUCUCAUGAUUGUCUCUAAUCCGGUAGAUAUUUUAACCUACGUGGCCUGGAAACUGUCCAGGUUUCCGUCGAAUCGGGUCAUCGGAUCAGGCACGAACUUGGACUCGUCAAGGUUUCGGUUCCUGAUCGCCGAUCACUUGGACGUUAACGCUCAAGAUGUGCAGGCUUAUAUUGUUGGUGAGCACGGUGACAGUUCAGUGGCCUUAUGGUCUAGCAUAAGCGUGGGUGGGGUGCCGGUAUUGAGCUUCCUGGAGAAGCAGCAAAUCAGCUACGAGAAGGAGACCUUAGAGAACAUUCACAAAGAUGUUGUUAAUGGUGCAUAUGAAGUGAUUAGUCUUAAGGGCUACACUUCUUGGGCAAUUGGGUACUCUGUUGCCAAUUUAGCAAGAUCCAUUCUCAGAGACCAGAGGAAAAUCCACCCUGUUUCAGUCCUCGCUAAGGGGUUCUACGGCAUUGAUGGAGGUGAUGUGUUCUUCAGUUUGCCUGCACAGCUUGGUAGGAGCGGAAUCUUGGGUGUCACCAACAUUCAUCUCACCGACGAGGAGGCACAGCGGCUUAAAGACUCUGCUAAGACCCUUAUUGAGAUGCAGAGCCAGUUGGGUCUCUAAUCAAGAAUAUUUUACUCUAUUGUUCUUCCUUGAUUCUAUGUGCUAUUACUAGUACUUUCUUCCUUAUUGGCAUAUUUAAAAGAACAAGUUACAUUUUGACUUGUAUUAGGAUAAGAAGAGAAUCCCAAUUCUCUUAAUUGGGUUUUGGUUUAAUUAAUCAUAUAUUUGGCUUUUGCUCAUUAAUUGUUAGCUAGUAUUAUUUAUAUUUUAAAGUUAAGAUCAUCAUUGUUCAAAAAAACAAUAAUAAAAUGCAUUUACUUUC